AUGGCGGAGUCAUUCACGCUGUUUUUGGCGACCGUGGAGCUCAUCUUCUUUUUCACCUUCGACUUUGUCCUGGCGAGGGUCCUCAACGCGCUGAAGCAGGACCACCCGGAGCUGGAGGAGUGUGCGCCGGAGGACGCGCCCGACUUGGACCCCGUCGCCGUCGUUGACUCGCUGCGGCACACCGUCGUGGAGAUCUACGACUACCAGCACCAGCGUCUCACGGGCAAUGCGGUGGGAGCCAUGGCGGACGCCGUCCCGGGGGAGGACUUCGCGUCAUCGCCGCCGCCGCCUUCGUACAGCCGCGGGAAUGUUCUCUACAGCGCUGUCGUGGUGUGCGGCCUGGCGGCCCCCGCUAUUACAUUCCUGCAGUUUGUGUUUCCCACGGCCCUUGGCUGGUGCCGCUUCGAACUGCCGGCGUGGCUGCAGUACAUUUUCGUGAUUCCUGGGUUGGCAGCCGUCUUCCUCUUUGCGGCCCGCACGACGCACGUGGCGCGCUACACGGAGGUCACUAGGCAACAGUGGGUUCUGCUCAUGUGGUUUCGCCUGGACUUCAUGUGCCUCAUGAGCGCGGUGGCCCUCUUUGGGGCCGGUGGAUGGCUGGUCGCCCUGUGCAUGUUUGCCGUCGCCCUCUAUCUGGCCCACCGCGUCAUGCGGAUUGAGAAGCGGCUCGCCCACCUCACACGCGAGACGCAGCUGGUGCGGGGCGAGGUGGACAUCGAGCACGUCUAUCGGCCCGGGAGCGAGGAGGCCGAGCGGGCGUUGGCGGCUUCGGACGUUAAGGGGUACAGCGCCCUCCGGUGA